CUCCUUACAGUAUUUCCAGUCCAGGCAUGUGCCUGUGAUGCUCCCAUGGACCCGUGUGGUCCAGGAGCAUCUCCGAGGUGUGUGCGCGCGUGUCUGAGAGUCUCUCGGUUGUCUGAGCAACGGGACGUUCAUCACUAACUCCCAGGAUAAUUAACUCAUUUUCCUGUAUUUAUAGCACACCAGUACAGGGAGUAUUGGCACUUAUCCCUGAUGGAGCCACAUUUGGCCACAACAUUUUGAAUUUUGGCCAUUUCUUGCAUUACGGUGGCUGCCUGAGCCAGGCUGCCCAUGGGUGCUCGCCUCGGUGUGCCCCGCUCCUGCUUUGCCAGUGCAGGGGUGUUUGCAGCAGCAUUCCCGUCUCCAGAUGCCUGCAUAUGCCUGUGCUAACAGCAGCGUUGCUCCUGGCUUGGCCGCUGGCAAGGGGAAAUUUUACUGCUUCAAGGUUUGUUGCAGGGAUCUGCUGCAAGGAAACAUUGGAGCAUCCUGACUCAGCACUGCAGCGGUGGGGGACCCGUGGGAAAGACACAGAGCAUCUUCUCUCAGCAUCAGGGCAUGCGUAUGCCAGCAGGGGAUGAGUGAGGAGCAGCUCCCUGCAUCUCCCCACUGCCCCACCGUGCAGGAGGACACCAAUGUCUCGGCCUCUGCAUACCCCCAGUACUGGGUGGAGCCCCAGUUCACUCAAGCAGCGAAGGUCCGUGUGAUCAUCACAGCCGUCUUCUUCCUGCUAGCAGCAGGCAGCAACGCAGCAGUGCUGGGCAGCCUGCUGAGGAAGAGGAGGAAAUCCCACGUGCAGCCGCUGAUCCUCAGCCUGGCGCUGGCUGACCUGCUGGUGACAGUGAUGGUGAUGCCCCUGGAUGCGGCAUGGAAUGUGACAGUGCAGUGGUAUGGAGGGGACAUCUCCUGCAAGAUCCUCAACUUUCUCAAGCUCUUUGCUAUGUAUGCAGCUGCCCUGGUACUGGUGGUCAUCAGCCUGGACCGGCACGCAGCCAUCCUCCAUCCCUUCUCCCGUGCUCACCACCGCAAUGGGAUGCUGCUCCGUGCUGCCUGGGCUGGCAGUGUGCUCCUGGCUUUGCCCCAGCUUUUCCUCUUCCACCUGAACACAGUCCCAGGAAGGAAUUUCACCCAGUGUGUUACUCAUGGAAGCUUCCGAGCACACUGGGAGGAAACCGUCUACAACAUGUUCACCUUCACCACCCUCUACAUCACCCCUCUGAGCGUCAUGGUUGUUUGCUACAUCCGGAUCCUUUGGGAGAUCAGUAAGCAGCUAAAGGUCAAUAAAGGUUUGACAAGAAAUCAAAAUGACCACAUCUCCAAGGCACGAAUGAAGACUCUCAAGAUGACCAUAGUGAUUGUUGCCACCUUCAUCAUCUGCUGGACCCCCUACUAUCUCCUGGGCUUGUGGUACUGGUUCCAGCCAGCCAUGAUCCAGAAGAUGCCGGAGUAUGUCAACCACAGCUUCUUCCUCUUUGGCUUGCUGCACACCUGCACCGACCCUAUCAUUUAUGGGCUGUACACUCCUUCCUUUCGGGAAGAUGUGCAGCUGUGUCUCAGGGGCAUUGAAACAGCCAUCACCAGGCAAAAGAGACACAAACCCAUCUCGGCCUCAGAGAGGAACAUCAAGGAUGGUGCUGCAAAUGGUGGGGUGGCAUCAGGAGGCUCCAAUGGCACAACUGUCAGCACGGUAUGAUGAAGAGAUGUACCCACAAGGGAAUGGCAGGCACAGCUUUGGGACUGUUCUGUCCUGUAGGACCAUUUUGGAGACUGUCAUGAUGAGGUUCCCUACUCAGCUUUGGUGGGUGAAGAUCUCUGGCCAGUAACUGAGGAUGUGUCUCCUGCCUGUACUCAGGGUGAAAAAUAUCUGGGGGUAUUUAUGGUCAUUCUGCUGUAUUCUGGCAGUGCCGUGACAACUAGAAAGAAAAACAUCCUUUUUGUACCUGGCACAAGCUCCAUCCCUGAUUCUGGGAUCAAGCUUCUCCACACUUCCAACAUCAACCCCUGGGAGGAAAUUUACCAUCUCCUCUGUGGUCCAGGAUCAUGUCUCUGAAGUGGCUGGUCUUCAAUGUCCUUUGCACUCACACCCAGCUGUAGAGCUGCAUGGAUGGUGUCACCCUGAGCCUGCAAAGGAGGGAUAUUGCACAUAUCCAUGAAGUAACUGAUACAAGCACUGCACAGAUGCUCAGAAAAAUGGAGGAGGAAUUUUAAUGGAAGAGGGCUAGGAACACUGAGUCUCUACAGCUUCUUGCUCUUGAGGUUGGUGCCACUGCAUCUGCUUGGGCCAAGUUGAAUGAGGUGACAUGGAAGGACAGAGUCCUGCUCCCAGGAAGACGCAGGUAUUUCUGCUUCCCAGAAGACAUUCAUUCCGGUUGAGAGUCAAUCAGCAAAAAAAGUAUCCUGAGAAAUAGCGAAAGUGUACAAAAUCAUCAAAUCCACGGAGAGACAGCCUUCCUGGGCCUCGAUUUUUGGAGUCAAGUUAGAAGGAUUUUUCCAAAUCCAGUCUUCUGGAAAUAAAAAUAAAUCCAAAAAGUAGUCCUAAAGCUGCUGAUCAGGAAAAAGUCUGGGAUGCCAAGAGAUGGGAGCUCCACCAUAUCCCCAGUCUGUCAGAGACUGGAGAGUUUGCCAAACUCUGCCAAGGAGUCUGUUACAUAGCAGCUGUGGGGAAAAUCCAUCGUGACCAGUCUCCAGAGAGCCGUCAUCAGAAGAAACAACAUUGAGAGGCUCGAGAGAGGUCAGAAAGAUAAACUUCACAGAGUUUCCAAAAGGCUGUAUACAUA